GUCGGUUCUGUGGCGACCAGGUCCCGGAGCCCCUGCUGUCCACAGACAGCCGGCUCUGGGUGGAGUUCCGCAGCAGCAGCAACAUCCUAGGCAGGGGCUUCUCUGCCGUGUACGAAGCUACCUGUGGUGGAGACAUCAACAAAGAUGCCGGCCAGAUCCAGUCUCCCAACUACCCCGAUGACUACAGGCCUUCCAAGGAGUGUGUGUGGAGGAUUACCGUCUCCGAGGGCUUUCACGUGGGGCUCACCUUCCAGGCUUUUGAGAUCGAAAGGCAUGACAGCUGUGCCUACGACUACCUGGAGAUCCGCGACGGCCCCACGGCCGAGAGCGCCCUGCUCGGCCACCUGUGCGGCUACGAGAAGCCGGAGGACGUGAAGUCGAGCUCCCACAGGCUGUGGAUGAAGUUUGUGUCCGACGGCUCCAUCAAUAAAGCAGGCUUUGCUGCCAGUUUUUUCAAGGAGGUGGACGAGUGUUCCUGGCCAGACCACGGCGGGUGCGAGCAUCGCUGUGUCAACACGCUGGGGAGCUACAAGUGUGCCUGCGACCCUGGCUAUGAGCUGGCCCCUGACAAGAAGACAUGCGAAGUGGCCUGUGGCGGCUUCAUUACCAAGCUGAAUGGAACCAUCACCAGCCCCGGGUGGCCCAAGGAGUACCCCACCAAUAAGAACUGUGUGUGGCAGGUGGUGGCCCCAGCUCAGUUCCGGAUCUCCCUGCAGUUUGAGGUGUUUGAACUGGAAGGCAAUGACGUGUGUAAGUACGACUUCGUGGAGGUGCGCAGCGGUCUAGCCCCUGACGCCAGGCUGCACGGCAGGUUCUGCGGCUCCGAGACGCCCGACGCCAUCACGUCCCAGAGCAACAACAUGCGCGUGGAGUUCAAGUCGGACAACACGGUCUCAAAACGCGGCUUCCGGGCCCACUUCUUCUCAGACAAGGACGAGUGCUCCAAGGACAACGGUGGCUGUCAGCACGAGUGCGUCAACACGUUCAGCAGCUACCUGUGCAGGUGCAGGAACGGCUACCGGCUCCACGACAAUGGCCACGACUGCAAGGAGGCUGGCUGUGUGCACAAGAUCAGCAGUGCUGAGGGCACCCUGGCGAGCCCCAACUGGCCCGACAAGUACCCCAGCCGCAGGGAGUGCACCUGGAACAUCUCGUCCACUGCCGGCCACAGGGUGAAACUCACGUUUAAUGAGUUUGAGAUCGAGCAGCACCAGGAGUGCGCCUACGACCACCUGGACGUGUACGACGGCCCCGACAGCCUGGCCCCGCUCCUCGGCCGCUUCUGCGGCAGCAAGAGGCCCGCGCCCGUGCUGGCCUCGGGCAGCAGCCUGUUCCUUGGCUUCUACUCGGACGCCUCGGUGCAGAGGACGGGCUUCCAGGCGGUGCACAGCACAGAGUGCGGGGGCAGGCUGCAGGCCGACGUGCAGACCAAAGAGCUCUAUUCCCAUGCCCAGUUUGGGGACAGCAACUACCCGAGCCAGGCCCGCUGUGACUGGGUGAUCGUGGCUGAGGACGGCUACGGCGUGGAGCUCGUCUUCCGUGCCUUCGAGGUGGAGGAGGAGGCCGACUGUGGCUACGACUACAUGGAGGCCUAUGACGGCUACGACAGCUCAGCGCCGCGGCUCGGCCGCUUCUGUGGCUCCGGGCCCCCAGAAGACAUCUACUCUGCCGGGGACUCCCUGAUGAUCCGAUUCCAUACCGACGACACCAUCAGUAAGAAAGGCUUCCACGCCCGGUACACCAGCACCAAGUUCCAGGACGCCCUGCACAUGAGGAAGUGAUGCCCAAGCUCCUCACAGUCCCAACGGAGGUUUUUGUUUUGUUUUUACAAAACUAGCACCUUGAGAAUCACCCCUAAAAACAUAUACGAUAUUUUUUUCUUAAAGACUCAAAAUCCAGUCUUGGAGGCAUAGAUUUGGAUGGAAAAAUGUACUUCUGGCCAACAAGGAGGAGACAACGAGUUCCUUUGAUUCUAUUUCUGAUUAUAGCAAUUGUGGCCCUUUAAGAUGUUGGUUGAAGGUUCGAAGUCAUUGACCAGCCAGGCUAUGCUUGUUCCUCGUCCCCUGUGCGUCUGGGGCCCAGGCCACAGGCGCUGGUCCAUCCUCGGCUGUCGGCAGGCUAAUAACACCCUGGACACUCGGCCUGUCUUCCACCUGCUCUGGGCAGUGAGGACAAAAGCUGACGGCGGCUGCCUGCCUGCCCUCGGCUGCGGCCGCAACCUUUAGCCUACCGUCUGCCGAGGAUGCGCCAACCAGGAACCGUGAGCCUGUGGACGCCAGGACCGCACGGCCACAGCGCCCUGACUAUCAGGAGGGUCACUGCCAGGACGUCAGGCGCCCUCAAGCCUUUUCUCCGCGCCCUUCUCAUGGCCUCCCUCGGGCCCUGCCCCAUCCCUAACUGCAUUUGGGAAGAAGGCACCGUCUGUGGAUACCAGCAGGACGUUGGCUGGUAAGAGUCAGCGUCCCCAGCCGGCCCAUGAGAAACAUCCUGGUCCAUCCUGACGUUUCUGCCCUCGCUGGCUCGGCUCACCGAGAAGACUCCGCCUGUGCUUGGGAUUCCAUGGGCUUCCAAGAAGGAGGCACCUGCCGUGGGAACCCGACUCCCUGACUGCCGGUUCCAACUGUGCAUACAAGACGUGCAAAGGCAUCACAGGAGAGACCUGAACCAGUCCCUUGUCGGGUGAACACUGUGGAAAACUGGUUGGUGAUGUCAUGUGUGGACGAAUCACCAUCCAGGGGAACACGUGAACCUGCAACCAGCCUCCUAUGACCUGUCAGGUGAAAGACUGUGGCGGGAGCUUUGCUCGGAGGGGCAGCAUUGAAUCACCCGCUUGCAAUCAGAAUUCCCAACACUUGGCACUUGUUCUCGGGAAGUGUAGAGGAUGAUGUUUACAUACUUUUAGCACCUCAAGGUAUAAUUUGAACAUUGGAGUAGUUUUGAAUGGCAUUUCGUUAAGGCAUCUAUGGGCAUUAUGAGCUAAAAGCUGUGGUAUGUUAGCUUUAAAAGAGUAUUUAUGUUGGAAUAACUUUAAAAUAAUGUUUACAUAA